UGUUCCACCAAAUCUUGCAAUGAAAAAUUGUAUGAUUUUUUUAAUUUUUGAAAAAAAGUUUUGCGGCACUUAUGCCUCUCCCCUCGGAGAACAAAACGAGAAUUUGUCGUAACACCUGUAAUACCGCGUUUUGUCCGACCUCAUUUUUUCUGUUUGUGUCUUGACCUUUCCACGUUUUGGCCUUUUCAUUGUAUAAUAGAGUUUUUAACUCAACAUUCUGACAAUUUUUUACUCAUGUAACUUUGUGUUUUUCCAAAUUUUUAGCUGAUAAACGUGUUUUUAUGGCUUGGGUGGAUGGUCCAGGAUUGACUGUUGGCGUACUUGCCCGCCCAAAUAAAUUUACUGUUAGCUAUACAAAAAAUUUGGGUGGUGGAAAAUUAACCGUAUUAAUUGAUGGACCCAAAAAGGCUGAAGUUCGAACUGUACAGCAUCUACGUGAAAACAAUUAUCAAGUCGAGUUCGUUUUUUUUUUCGCUUAUACUAAUUUUAAUUAAAACAACUUAAAACUUUCCAAUUCAGAUACACAGUCCAAUCACCUGGUCUUUACACAAUAAAUGUUAAUUUUAUUGGUACUCCGAUCCUGGAUCACCUUUUAAAGUUUUGGUGAAAGCUCCUCAAAUUAAUCAAACAAUUUCAUGCAUUCCUUCUACCUCUACAGCAAUUGAACAACAACAUUAUGAUUAU